CACGCUUUUGGUUAGUUUGAAUGAAACGAUAUCCUUGCGCGUUAUCUUGCAAAUUCAAUAGAUUUAAAAUCUGUAUACGCGAUGUGGGAAGUUUUUAAACUUUUAAAUAUGGAUCACGUUCAGCAGGAAAAGGGUUAAAUUUAGUCCCGCAUUUUGAAGUAUCAUGGUUGGCCCAACAUAUUGCUGAUUUAUAUUAAUCUCUAUCAUAGAUGAACUAUUUAGAUAGAAAAGCCCCAUCAUGACAAGUGUUUCAAAAACAUUAACUGAGCUAGAAAAGUCUGAGAAAUACCAUCGGGCCGUAUCACUGAACUUGGAUUGUGGUUCAGAUACUCUCCGAGCUCUCAUCGACAAGGAGUUAGAUUUAAAAAGUUUAACUUUUAAAAAAUAUAUGCAAGGUGUUGCAGUACAGAACAAAGUGGCACAAUUAAAGAAGCAAAAAAUACUUUAUGGCGAACAGGUUAAACAGUUGAAUGCUAAACAACCUGACUUGCUUUGCAUGGAUAUUUCAUUGUUGACAAUACUUUUGUUAGAAUUAAUGCCUAUUAAAGCGCAGGAAACUAAUAUCAAGAAGCUUCGGAAAAAGAGAAAUGAGCUUGCGCACAAAUCGGGCGCGAAACUUGACGACGACAUUCCUUUCAAUGAAGCCAGUCAGAUUAUUAUUGACCUAUCAAAGGGUGUUAGUCCUGAAUUUGAAGCAAAUAUCAAAAUACAAAUCAAAGAGCUGAGUAAAAGAGAACUUGUGUGUACGCAUAGUAAUCUUGACAUUGUGAAACUUCAUAAUGAAUCAUUGAUGGUAAAAUUAGUAGAAAGUGGGAAAUCUCAAAAAGUUGACCACAAGGAUGAUAUAUGGAUUAAGUAUGGUUUGACUAAAUUUGCACGGACAUUAUCUCGUUAUCUUGAAAUCGACGUGUUUGUACAAGAAUUGUAUCGUGAGAAAGUCAUUGAUGAAAAGACAAAAAGAAAACUUGAGCAAACAUACAAUUACGAAGAACAGAUGAAUCUCCUUGUUUUUCAUAUCGUAGAAGAAGAUGCAGCUGACAAAAUAUUGAAGUGCUUCGCUUGUUUACAAAAACUCAACAGCUUACUUGCUGAUUUGGUUUUAUUCAGGCAUCAAUCGGAAGUAGAUAUAGAAAAGUCUCUCAAAGAAGUGGAAUAUGAUACUAUCAAGAAGAUAUUAACUUCUGCCUUUGUCUAUGAGGUCUCAAAGAGCCUACCUUGCGAAGAUGUUCACAUAUUUGUAGAUGAGCAACGAAGGUACUUUUCCAAAUUUGACACGAUAAAGGCAUGUGUGGAGGAACAAUUUCCUGACGUUGUUUGCAAGGAAAAUGACAGCCAGUUUCAUGGGUUGACUUGGUUAGAAAGUGAUAGAUGUACAAAUGAGGAAACUGUUUCCAAAGAGAUAGACGAUAGUCUGUCGGAUAUGCCGAGUGACAAAUUUAGCAAGUUUUUGAAUUUACAAAUGGAAAAACACCGAACUGGCAUAGGGUUACUGUUUGAGACAACUGUUGAAGAUGAAUGUAUCUCAUCAUCAAUAUUUUCAAACCUCACACCGAGCCAGGUAGAAGAGAUAUUCAGUCCGACACUAAAAGAAGCUAAUAUGAAAUUUGGAUAUGGAAUUCGUUCGGCUUUGACAGAAUUACAGAAAACUAUUAAGAGACAUGCGAUGAGGUCAUCAUUUGAAAAGAAUGAUAUUUUGCGAAAGUUUGAUAGACCUUUUGAAAAUUCUGAAUAUCAGCAAUGCAUUGUAAGGCCCACCUCUGGUAAUCUGUUGAUUCCUGUUCACGAAUUUGUUUUUCCGCGACCGAAAUCGCAAUUGACAUGCGCUUUCAUUGGAAAAGAAGUCAUCAGAUUUGCAACUGCCUGUUUAAAUGGAAAAAAGAAUGGUACAAUACAUUUUGGAAUAAAAGACGUCGGAAAUGGAAAUGGUGAAAUUAUUGGUUUAUCAAAAGAUUGGUUUGUCCUUGGACAGAAUAUUAACAUUGAAAUAAUGUACUGUGUCCAAAUUUGUUUCGAACAGGCUGCCGUUUCUAUCGCAGAACGAUGUAUUCGACCUGUUCAAAUUAUUAACGUUGAAAAUAGCAAGGUAGUGAUAGAGGUAGAUGUUGUUUCAUUUUCAGGCCACAUGCAUAAGGAAAUAAUUGGUAUAAUGUUCCCUCCAAAAGGCCACCAGCGAAAAAAAUAUUUCAUUCAUAAAGAGAACAUGAUAACAACUAUUGAAGAAUCUCGGUUAGACGCAGUUAAGAUUGAUCUAGAAAAAAUAUUGACUGAACGAAUUCAACUUGAAAAGGAGCUUACAUCAAUGGACGUAACUCUUCACAAAGCAGUCCUAAAACGACAACAACUGAUGAAAUUAUUGACUGGCGGGAACAGACUAGUAACUGAUGCUUUUACGCCUGUCAUGUUUUGUGGUGACAGAACAUGUGAAAAUGAAAUGAGGAUUCAAGAGCAUCUAAAAGGAAUGACAGCUGCAUUUACCUCUUGUGCUGCAGUGUUUGAUUUUGGUUCAUCUGUGGAAUUGCGAAACAGUAUUGAACAGGAGAAGUACAUUUUUCAAGUAAAAUUGGCGGAGGAUUCGUCCUCAAAAAGAUCUCGACAUGACAGUGAUUUGCUUUGGGAUAGAACAUUAUGGAUUUAUUCAAACGGCAAUGACGAAUUAGGUAAAGGACCAAUGAACAUUGAUUUAUGGUAUAAAAAAAGACUUGAUGGCAUAAGGAACACGCUUAGCAAUAUACGCCAACAGAUCCCCUCUGACAGAGGUUUAGUAAUUUUUCUCGUUUUCCAAAGUUUUGUUGAGCGGGAUCCAAUGCUUGAAAUUGCAAGAGACUGUUUCCUAACUACAUUUAGAGGCGAAUGUAUUAUUAUAGCAGAAAAUGAUGACAUUGUCCAAGAAUGGCGGAAAGAAUUAAGUCCAUUGGUUGGAAAAAAAGAUUUAGAAGGGAAACUUGUGACAGGAUUGGAAUGGGGGGACAUAGUUUCUAUUGCGAAAACCGUUUUCAAUCAACUGAAAACAAAAACGUUCACACUUCCGGACAGUAAAGGCAACAUUGUAGAGAUGUCAAACGAUGAAAAAGAAAACUUGAAAUUGAAUGACAUUGAAAUAGUGGAUGGACUUGCAGAAGAAAACUGUCGUUUACAAGAGUCAACUAUGACUGAAACAGAAUGGCAAGAACGUCGUUCACAAGAGGAAAGGCAAUUUUAUAAAGGAAACGCUGUAACGUGGUGGAACUUUUAUUACUCAAAUCAUGUCGGUGUAAGGGAUGUUUUUGAAAGUCACAAAAACGAAAUCAAUCGCAAGAUGAGGUCAAUGGAUAGAGAAAAUAAAUAUGAAAUACAUACUAUUGAACAUCAUCCAGGUGCAGGAGGGAGUACGCUAGGAAGACACCUUAUUUGGCAUUUCAGUCAAAUAUCACCACAUCAUCCAGAAACAGCUUAUAGGUGCUGUAUCAUUAACAAAAUAACGGAGACAACAGCAGAAGAGAUAUACCGUUUCCAUUCUUUCAAAGAACCGGAUGGACCCACCAAACCUGUAAUGAUACUGAUUGAUAAUGAGAGUGAAGACCACCUCAGUAUCCUCAAACCAAGACUUGAUGAAAUUGCUUACAAACGUGGUACACCAGGUAAUUUGUUUUGCAUAUUACUUAUUAUAUCUAGAGUACCGGUUUCUCACAAGUCAAGGGAAAUUGUUCUGAGGCACCAUCUCACGAUAAAUGAAAGGUCAUGGUUCGACAAAAAAUUUUACGAACUUGAAAAAAAUAGCAAUGUUAAUGUAAAAACACUAAUUGCAUUUAAUGUUAUGCGGCACUCUUUUGAUAGUGAGUACAUUGCUGAAACUACAAAGGAACUUAUGAAAGAAGUUUUAAACAGUGAGAUGAAUCUUAUGAAGUAUCUGUCGCUCAUUUGCACAUUUGAAAGUGAUCAUCCUGUUCCUGAAACUGUGUUUGACUCCAUUAUGAUUGGAAGCAUGCCCAGUUCAAACACAUUGAAUAUUGGACAAUGCUUUGGAAAACCUUUCGGUCUGGUGUGGUCAGCGAGAAGUCGGGCAAAUAUGCAACCUAUUGAAAGGGAAACUUGGAAUAUCAAUAUUUCAGAAGCAUUGCAACUGUUAAUAACCCAUCGUAGAGUUGAAGAGGCAAACUGCUAUAAUGCAGUUUGUAUAUUGUCACAGCCUUUAGCAGAAUCUGUCCUUAACUAUAUUAUGGAUGCUGAGAAGUUAUGCUUUGAGGAUAUUGUUUUAAGUUUGCUCGACUUGCUGAAACAACACACGAAGGAAACUAACAGCAUGUCAAAACGUUUUGUCAAAUUAGUAUGUAGUUUGUUCAAAACAAGACAAGUUCAGGAAGACGAAAGGGGUGAACAAAAAAUCCUUAAAUUUUCUGACUUGAUACUUAGACUGGAACGACCAUUGACUGGUGAAACAAGGAAAGAGGCAAAUCAACGUGUUGUUAAAAUUAUGGGUGGGUGCUUUGAUAUUACAAACGAUGCAAACAUUGGACAGCAGUUCGCAAGAUUCAAUAAUCAUAUUGGAAACUACGAAGCUGCUGAACAUGCUAUACUUCGCUCACUGAAAAUAUUUCCAAAAAACUCCUACUUUUUGGAUACGUAUGGACAGAUUUUCAAAUCAAAAAUGGAACAAGUCAUUAAAGAAAAUGCAUGCCAUUCUCUUGGGGAUGAAGUUGCAGUGAAGUUUGUUGAGUUUGCUGUCAGUUCUGUCAAAAAGUUUAGGGAAGCUCAAGAGGCGGCUGAAGCAAAUGAUGAUUUCACGCAUACUAACUGCUUCAAUAUGGAAGUAAUAACUGCAUUGCAAAUGCUAGAACAGCUUCAUCAUUUUGAAUGCUUCAAAGAUAAAGAAAAUCUCUGGCAGUUUUUGAAUUGUCCUGUUUUUGAUAUUGAAAACUCAAGUUUUCAAAAUAUUCUUCAAAAAUCAGACGACUUGCUUCUUUUUAGAAAAGGUCAAAUCAUCCAACAACAUAUGGAAGAAACUCUGAUGCGUCUUGAAUCGAUGGCCUACAUGACACGUAACCAUUUGGUAUCGGUAAUUACUCCAGGAAAAGAUGUUUUAUUGUUGAAACCGCGAGAAAGGUUCCUGAGGUUUUAUGGUAGUAAGGAGCACACAUUAAACUUUGAAUUUAUGUACAGUGUAGGCCUAAAAAUGUUAAUGCAAGCCCAUGAAAUUAAAAGGCACAGUCAUAUACUUAAAAAACGUGCGCAGGAUGCUGAUCGGCGUUUGCAGCAAAAUGAUACAAGAGAAUCUGAGAGAGACUUACUUGUCUUUAUUGGAUAUCACAUUAUCAUAUUAUCUAAUAAUCUGACACAGUGUGACGAAAAGCAUUAUCACAAGUUGCUGAAAUACAGCACACAAUUAAUGGAAUUACAAAGAAAUAAGACAAAAGGAGAAAAGCAAAUCUUGGAGGCCUAUCUUUAUUAUGCACUUUUACAUUGGCCUCUUCCUGACAGAAAAAGGCUUGGGAACAUUUCCAAUCCUUCAACAUAUAAAUACUUCCUUGAUGAAUGGGAGAAGCUUUACUUUGAAACAUUUGGGAUCACAAGACGAGAGAACUUAAGCCUUCGAAAACCGAAGCUAUUCUUUGCCUUAUCAAGAAGUAAUCCUGGAAAUGAUAUUGUUGAUUUAGAAAUGCUUCGGCGAAGAUGGAGACAGGCUAUCAAAUCAAAAGAAGGACGAAGUAGAAGAGAGGUAAAGGCUGAUGAUCAUUGGCGUCACCCAAUUUUCGAGAAUUGUCUAACAAGACUGGCAGGAACUAUUGAUCCGAAUGGACGUACUGUGACAACAAAGGUAGAUUACGAAGGCAAAACGUACGAGUUUAAAAUAAACACAACGGAAAACUUUUCGUAUCUAAGCAAUCGAAAGGUCACAUUUGUACUUGGAUUCUCGUGGAUGUCACUGGUAGCAUUAGAUAUUAUGGGAGGCGACCGGAAAACGGUAAGACAGGUGUCACAAGUAUUGGUAAAGAGUGAAUGCGUUGAGAACUUCUCAGAGAUUGUACAAUCAACUCAACAAGGUCACUUGAUAUCCUCAAGCCGAGGAAAGAAAGAAAUGGACGAAAGACAAUGUCAGGAGCAUAAAUGUGAAGAAAGAGGAGAUAAAGGGGGGAAAAGUGGUUUCAAUGGAAGUGCAGCAGCAAAUAAAAAAUCUUCUAAGAUGAAAAGGAAUGGUAAAGGUACAUUUACAGACGCUUUGGGUAGAAAGUCAAAUGAACAAUCAUCACAAACAGCUCUGACUCAUGCAGGCGUUGUGACGUCUGAAAUGCAGCCGAAGAAAACGGAAAUGUCCGAAUCGUACUGUGAAGAGGAAUGGCAAGAGGUAAAAAGUAAGAAAACAAGAAAUAAACGCACUGUUGCUACCAUGUCGCCUGUACAAUCAAUAACAGAGCCAGUCAACAAGAAAGAAAAUUUCGAAAGACUUAUUACUACAUUGAAUUCAGAGUUUCCAGAUUCAAACAGAAAUACAAUAGUUGAAGCCUAUAAUGAGGUCAAGAAGAUACAUACAAGUUUUGACGGACAGGAUCUGAAUUUCAUUAAGGUUGAAGUGAGCCGAGUCUUAAAACGAAACUAAGAACAUUUUAAAAUAAAUAUAAAUGUUAAAUUAAGAUAAGUUAUUCGCUGUACGUGCGUGUGUGUGCGCGCGUGCGUGCGUGUGUGCGUGCGUGUGUUUUAACAAGAAGGGACCAAAAUAUUUUUCACGAUUUUUGUAAAACUGGUUGUAUGGACCGUGAGCACUCUCGAUCCCCUUCUCACAAUGUUUGUAACAUAUUUGGGCAUUUUCCGGGUCAUAUCAAGUAGUAGGCGUGCCCUUAUAAAUUUGCGAAAUUCUAUAAUAUUUUUUCUUCUGACGUAGUUUUAUAUAAUGUUUGUUCAUACAUUUACCAAAACAGCCUAUAAACAAGUUAUAUUUCAUUCUCGCCAAAUGAACUCUUGAAUAGUUCUCAGCUUAGAAUGAAAGUUAUAUAGCUUAAUAGGUAAUAGGCCUAAGGUUUAAAUUUAGAUGAUUUAUAAUUGGAUACUUACUAUAUAUAGUUACUAUUUGUAACUUCUACGUGUCCUACGUAUUGUAAGAUCGAGACUGCGUAGCUCCCUUUUUUAUGUUUUGUUGUUGUUUUUUUUUUCUUAUAUUUUUUUUUGAAGCUUUGUCUGUUUUAUUUUGUUGUUUAAAGUUAUAAUUUGUUUUGCACUUAUUUUAGUAAAAUCUAUACUCUUUUUAAAUAACAUCAUUUAAAAAAUGAUUUUCGAACCUCUAAUCUCUUAUCAUUCAUUAUACUUGUUAC